AUGGCGUGUCAACUACCGGGGAUCCCUACCUUAGAAACCUCGCAUAGACUCCCGACCUCGGAAAAGUCCCAAAGCCUUCCACCCACCUCUCGCCUAAGACGGACUGGAGCACUUAGUGGUUACCAGGUGUUGGGACUCGGCGACGGGUUCUGUUUAACGUCGUCGGCUCAAGCUCACCGCGGCUACAUUCAACGUACGUUCGCGUCGUCUAGGACCUCCUUCCCGGCUUCGUGCAGAGCUUCGUCUCAGAAUAACGCGAAUUCCGCGUCGCCUCCCGGCGCGCAGCCCGACGAGAUUAAGACUCGGCCGAUCGGCCUCGUGCCUUUGUCGAAGCAGCGACAAGUCGCCUCGGCAGCCGUAACGACACCUGCGGAAGGGGAGCUGGCGGGAAGCUUCGCUCCUGCGUCCCGCGAAACGAGUCGGCAGACGAGCGGCGCGGCGACCAUACCGGCAGCUGGAGCGGUGGAGGAGGAGCUGCAAGGGAGGCGGGAAGCGGGCGGGGACGAUGCGGAAGCGGCUUCAUCGGCGCUGGGUCGGCUGAGAGUAACGCUUAAAGACAUGCCGGAUCGGUACUGGGUCAUCUUUAGUACGUCGCUGGCGUUCGUUCUCUGCAACAUGGAUAAGGUGAAUCUGAGCAUCGCGAUCAUCCCGAUGGCGCACGAGUUCGGGUGGUCCGCCACGACGGUGGGCGUGGUGCAGUCGUCCUUCUACUGGGGCUACGCGCUCUCGCUGCUGCCCGCCGGCUGGCUCUGCCAAAAGUUCACCGGCACGCGCAUGCUGCGCGCGGGCGUGCUCAUCUGGUCCAUCGCCACUGCCGCCAUCCCCUCAGCUGCCGCCUUCCUCCCCUCCCUCCUCCUCUCACGUGUUGCCGUGGGAUUCGGGGAGGGCGUUGCUCCGCCAGCAGCUACUGACAUCGUCGCCAGAUCUAUGCCAGCAGCGGAGCGCGCGCGUGGCAUUGCGUUUGUGUUCAACGGGUUCAACGUGGGAGGCGUGGUGGGCCUGCUAGCAGCGCCAGUGCUAAUCGAGCGACUGGGGUGGGAGUCUAUGUUCUACAUCUUCGGAUUCCUCGGCAUCCUCUGGAGCGUUGCUUUCAACCCCAAGCCCUCCGAGGCCACGUCAGCCGACUUUGAUGAGUCAGCGGCUGCCAGCAGCACCAACCAGGCGCUCUCCGUCUGCGUCUUUGAGGAGUGCCACGCGCCGGGCGACAUAGUGAGUGAGGAUUUGAGGGAGAGCGAGGAGGAGAGGAGGCUGGUGGAGGAGGGGGGAGGGGCGGACCCAGCAGUGCCGUGGGGCGAGCUGCUGAGGAGCAGGGCGGUGCAGGCGGUGGUGUAUGCCCACUUCUGCAACAACUGGGGCCACCACAUCUUGCUGGCUUGGCUUCCCACCUACUACAGCAAGGAGCUUCAUCUGGACAUCACUCAAGCAUCACUGCUGUCUCUCCUCCCGCCGCUUCUCUCCAUCGCUGUGUCAGCGGUGGUGGCGCCGGCAGCAGACCGGCUUAUUGCAGAGGGCACAGAUGUUAGCCUGGUGCGAAAGCUAGCUCAGGGGAUGGCCUUCCUAGGUCCGGCAGCGUGCAUGGCAGUGGCCAGCUUCGGCCCGGACCACAAUCUCCCAACCUGGCUGCUUGUGGCGGCUCUCUCUGGUGGCAUUGGCCUCUCUGCGUGCUCCUAUGCUGGCCUCUACUGCUCUCAUCAGGACAUCUCCCCCAAACACGCCAGUGUCCUGCUGGGAAUGUCAACGACAGUGGGGGCGAUUCCCGGCAUCGUGGGCGUGCCACUGACCGGCUAUUUGUUUGACCAGACCCACUCCUGGGCGACGGCCAUGUUCCUGCCCUCCAUCGCCUUCUACCUCUCCGGCACCAUCAUGUGGUCGCUCUUUGCCGACUGCUCUCGAGCCAACUUCGGAGAGGACAAGGCAAAGCUUAAGGAGGCCUAG